AUGUUCCUCCCCUCACCGCGCAUCAGGCGCCUAUUCAUCCUCCUCUUCCUCGCCUUCCUCGUCGGCAACGCCCUCUUAUUCCUCGUCCUGCCCUACGACAACCCCCUCGUCCUGGCCUUCCACUUCAACGUCGCCGGCGUAAGCAACUGGUGGCGCGGCUCCGGCACGGAAAAGGACGCCUGGCUGUACGAGCCGGCCAAGUUCCCCAUCGACUACCGCACCGACGUCGGCUUGCUCGUCAAGACGGGCUACGGCACCCGCCACCGCCUCGCGGCGCAGCUCGAGGCUUUCGACCUCACGGCGCGGGAUGCCGAUGCUUUCGUGGUCGUCGGCGACUGGACCCCGCGCGAGAACGGGACGAUGGCGGGCGUGAGGGUUCACGAUGCCAUUGGCGGCGUCAUGGCGAUGCCAGAGAUGAGGGCGCAUCACGGUGCGCCAAAGUUUAAGGAGUAUCUGGCUCUCAAGGAUGCCGUGCAAAAGGGGGAGGAUGCCAAGGCUACUGAGAUUGGCCAGGGGGGGUGA